AUGAAAUUUAUCAAAGAAAAUAAAGAUAAUAAAGUUUAAUUCAUUGAAUAAAAAAAAAUCAUUUAUAAGGGAAGUGUUAGAUUGGAAAAGUUUACGAAUAAAUAACAAAACAAUAUCAUUUCAACUUAAAGAGAAAAAUAUAAAAGUGAUUUGAGUCCAAUCAUAAGAUAAAAAAGAACUUAAACAAUUUUGAAACAGCUACUUAAUGAAUAAAAUUAACAGUAACAGAUAAGUUUAUUUAGAGUACUUGAAGCUAAGUCAUCACGUAAUUUUAAACUUAAGAGAAUUUCAGUAGACUAUAACUAUUCAAUUCAAUUACCCAAUAUUGAAGAGUAUUUUCAUUCACAAGAUAAACAUUAAAUGCUUAAAACUAUAAAAAAUGAAAAAAAUAGAGUUGAGAAUCAUAUAGAGAAAUUAGAAAAAAUAAAAAAAGAACUUGAUCUCUCAGAUUAUCUUAUUAAUUAGCAUAAACAAACUUCUUAUUAUUCUAAUACACCAAGUAAAUCAGCAAGAAGACCUACAAUUAAAUUAAAUACUAGUGGCAGUACAUCUUUUGGGAAAACAGAAAAUAUUAAAAUGCAAUUAUCAAUAAUUGAUUGCGAAGACAGAAAAUAAAAUGAUAAAAAUAAAGAAAUAGAAUUAUAUAAAAGAUAUGAUAAAGUAAGGAAUAGCAAAGUUUUACCAUAAUUAGUAACUUAAAUUAAUGAAUCAUAUGAAGAAAAGAAUAAAUUAAGUGAUAAAUUUAAUAGAUAAUUAUAUUAUUGCAUACAUAAUAGAGAUUAUAGUAUUUAAGAUAAAAUGAAAGAAUAUAAUAAUGAUAGUUUCUCAUAUUCUAAAUUUUAAUUAAUUUAAAAAAGACUUAAAUAACAUUUAGAGGGUAGAUUCAAGGCUACAGAGAAUUAAGUGACAAAAUUUGAAGAUGAACUUAAAAAUCUAGCUAAAACUAAUAGAUUAACUGAAAGUAGAAAAGAAGAAUUAUCUAGAAUAAAGAUUGAAUUAGAGAAUGGUAAUUAUUUAGAAAAUUAUUGA